CCGCCGUGCCCAUCUCUACCUGGUGCUGCAGGUACACGGUGCUCUUCUCCCACGGCAACGCCGUGGACCUGGGGCAGAUGAGCAGCUUCUACAUCGGGCUGGGCACCCGCAUCAACUGCAACAUCUUCUCCUACGACUACUCGGGCUACGGCGUGAGUACGGGCAAGCCCUCGGAGAGGAACCUCUACUCUGACAUCGACGCCGCGUGGCAGGCGCUGCGGACGCGGUAUGGAAUCAGCCCGGAGAACAUUAUUUUAUAUGGACAAAGCAUCGGCACAGUGCCCACAGUUGAUCUGGCCUCCCGCUAUGAGUGCGCUGCCAUUGUGCUCCACUCCCCCCUCACCUCUGGCAUGAGAGUCGCCUUCCCCGAGACCAAGAAGACGUACUGGUUCGACGCCUUCCCCAACAUCGAGAAGAUCUCCAAAAUCACCUCUCCCGUCCUCAUCAUCCACGGCACGGAGGAUGAAGUCAUCGACUUCUCCCACGGCCUGGCGCUCUUUGAACGCUGCCCCAAGGCUGUGGAGCCGCUGUGGGUGGAUGGGGCCGGGCACAAUGACAUUGAACUCUACAGCCAGUACCUCGAGCGCCUUCGGAAAUUCAUCUCCCAGGAGCUGGCCAGCCAACGCAACUAGGCAGGGGGACGGGCUGGGGGUUUCUGCCCUGUUUCUCCAGUUCUCCCGGUGUCCCUCCCCAGUCUCUGCUGCUGGAGGUGCAAUGAGUUUGUACAGCCUCAGCUCCAGGCUCGGGAGAGGGCAGGAGGCCCUGGAGUGGACGGUGCAUUUCCUCUUGGACACGAGCACAAUCCUGCUCCCUCCCGGUGUCGGCCCCGGCGCUGCUGGCACCACCGGCCGGGCUGGCCAGAGACGGCAGCUCCCUCCUUCCCCCUUCCCCAGAAAGAUGAGAGCCCGCCCUCCUGAUGGCAUAUCCUUGGCUUUGGACGUGUCCUCGACCCCUCUCCUAAAACAGCGAACUCCUGAGCUCCUCCUGGCUGCUCGACUGCUCUGACUAUAGCAAUAAGGCGAGUCGGAGAGGGGCUGGGGGCCUGGCCCCCUCCCCAGCCUCGCUGCAGGGCAGGUUGGAGGAGGUGGCCGUUCCUGCUCUUGACGGAGCUUUCCCGGGAUCGGUGCUGGUGGCAGCGGGGUGCCUGGUGUUCGCCCCACGGCCGGGACAGAGCCGUGUCCCUGAGGGGAAUUUGGGGAUGCAUGGAGGAGGUGCCCCCCUGCCCCACACCCCCUCCGGUCUGGCCCUGCUCUGCUUUCUCAGAGUGCUCCCCGUGUUCAGGUCACCCCUGGAAAACCUCCUCUGUAGCGCUCGGGAAACGGGGUGAGGAAACCAGGCACCGAAUAAAGAGCAGA